CAGGAGAUGCAAGAUGUAUUGGAAGAAGAUUCAGAAAUGACAGACUGGCUGAUCGAGAGGGAUUCCAAAUCAGGAGUAGUGCUGCACGACAGGUUGAUGACAGACGCGGCUUUGGGAGCCGCCCCAAUCAAGACAGAACACUCAUACAGUCUACAUUCAGAUGUUGAAUCCGCACCCUCAUCACCACACCAUACCAAAGUUGACGACAUGGAAGAUGAAUGCUACCCAGCAAUGCCAGCCAGCGCAUGGAGCAGCCGACGAAGGUCCAGUGACUCCCCUCCAAGAGAAGUAAAAGCUGAACCGAAGUCUGAACCAGAGUCCCCAGCGUCAUCAUGCCCGCCCUCACCCACCCCUGGAACACCCGUUACACACCUUGACUAUGUUAUUGACCACACGUCUCUUUACUUGCAGACCGGCACAAUUCACAUGCCACAAGCCGUUCUACAGAAGGUCGGCGCAGCGGGAAUGCCACAACUGCUGCUGAGCGCUGCGCCGCGUCUAGCCACCUCGCUCAACUCUAACAAACUUUCCAUCAAGGUCACUUCCAGCUCAGGAGCAUCAGGUUUCAACCUCCCUCCGACGCCUCCAUCAUCCCUGUCUUCAUCAGACAGCGAGGGCGCCCUGUCUCCAGCUCACGAAGCGUCCCAAGCUCCACUAGCGCCCCCUGCGGCCCCGGCGCGUCGCUCGCACCUGUACGUGUCUCACCACACCCGGCAGCCCAUCAACACCCCCUUGAUUAGCAGUCAACCGAAAGGGUCAACUGGAACACUAGUGCUAACAGAAGAAGAGAAACGCACGUUACUUGCUGAAGGCUACCCAGUACCAACUCGCCUGCCCCUCACCAAGGCUGAAGAGAAAUCCCUCAAGAAAAUCAGAAGGAAAAUUAAAAAUAAGAUAUCCGCACAAGAAAGCAGACGCAAAAAGAAGGAGUACAUGGACCAGCUGGAGAGGAAGGUGGAGAUACUGAUAUCUGAGAACACAGACUACAGGAAAAGGGUGGAGACGUUGGAACAGAAGAACGCGAGUCUGCUGAGCCAGGUCGCCUCCCUGCAGGCCAUGGUGGCGCGCGGACGUAAGUGA